AAAGAGCAACAUUCUGGAAAAUUGUAUAGUUUUUCUUCCCAGAUUGCCUCAAGUCUGUGGAGGAUUCCCUUGCUACACACCACAUCAAAGGGAUCUUCCGCAUUUAAAACAAACGAAGCAUCAUGCUGAAGAGGGAGGGGAAGGUCCGACCCUACAUGAAAACCCUGGAUGGAGGUUGGGGAUGGAUGGUUGUGUUUCAUUUCUUCCUGGUAAAUGUAUUCGUGAUGGGGAUGACCAAGACUUUUGCAAUUUUCUUUGUGGUUUUUCAAGAAGAGUUUGAAGGCACCUCAGAGCAAACUGGUUGGAUUGGAUCCAUCAUGUCAUCACUUCGUUUUUCUGCAGGUCCCCUAGUUGCUGUUAUUUGUGACAUAAUUGGAGAGAAAACUGCCUCCAUUCUUGGGGCUUUCCUUGUUACUGGUGGAUAUCUGAUCAGCAGCUGGGCUACAAGCAUUCCCUUUCUUUGUGUGACUAUGGGAUUUUUACCUGGUUUGGGUUCUGCUUUCUUGUACCAAGUCGCUGCUGUGGUCACUACCAAAUACUUCAAAAAACGAUUAGCUCUUUCUACAGCUAUUGCCCGUUCAGGGAUGGGACUGACAUUUCUGUUAGCGCCUUUUACAAAAGUCCUGAUAGAUCUAUAUGACUGGACAGGUACCCUUAUAUUAUUUGGAGCAAUCACAUUGCAUUUGGUGCCUUCUAGUAUGCUCUUGAGACCCAUCCAUAUCAAAAGCGAGAGCAAUUCCGAUAUUAAAGAUAAAAGUAGCAGUUUGUCUGCAAGUGGUCCAGAGACAGCGUGUGGGACAGAAACAUCAUGCUGCAAUGAGAUGCAAGAGUCUGCCAUCAGGGACAAUACUAUGCAGGAUGGACAACCUGGUAUAAGUUUAACAGUCUCACAAAAUCAAAAUGAAGAGUUCAACAAUGAACCCAACAAGAACAGACUCUUCCGAAAAACUCAUGAAGAAAGUUAUGGGGAAAAGGCUAUUUUGUGGAGCUGCAAACAAAAACUCUUUGAUUUUUCUCUUCUUAAGAAUCCUUUUUUCUACAUAUUUACGUGGUCUUUUCUCCUCAGUCAGUUGGCAUAUUUCAUCCCUACCUUUCACCUGGUAGCCAGAGCCAAAACACUGGGGAUUAAUAUCAUGGAUGCCUCCUACCUCGUUUCCGUAGCUGGUAUCAUUGAGACAGUCAGUCAGAUUAUCUCCGGAUGGGUUGCUGAUCAAAACUGGAUCAAGAAGUAUCAUUACCACAGGUCUUACCUCAUCCUCUGUGGCAUCACUAACCUGCUUGCUCCUUUUGCCACCACAUUUCCACUACUUAUGACCUAUACCAUCUUCUUUGCCAUUUUCUCCGGUGGUUACCUGGCAUUGAUACUUCCUGUACUGGUUGAUCUGUCUGGGAAUUCUAUGGUACACAGGUUCUUGGGGCUUGCCAGUUUCUUUGCUGGGAUGGCUGUCCUUUCUGGACCACCUUUAGCAGGCUGGUUAUAUGAUUAUACCCAGACAUACACCGGCUCCUUCUACUUCUCCGGCAUAUGCUAUCUCCUCUCUUCAGUUUCCCUUUUCUUUGUACCAUUGGCUGAGAGAUGGAAAAACAGUCUGACCAGAAAGAGAGAGGACUGCAAUCAAGUGAGAGCUUAA